AUGCCUCAAAUUUUUUGCGCGUUCUGGUGCUCAAAUGUUCACUCGUUUGCAUGUCAGCGUAGAACAUUUUUCCAGUCUUUCGUCGCGAGAAAGGAUGAAUUUUUCGAGGCAGAUGAGGAAGAUGAUGCCCUUGGCCAAGCUAUCCUAGAGGGUCUCAGCAUACCCCAGGAUGCCGAUGCCCCACGGACUCCGACAUACGAGAAGUGGAUAGCAGGUGCUGGACGCAAGUACCGUGACCCCGCACCACGGAAUUGGCUUGGCUCUGGAACGCCUUUUCCUCUUAACCAAUCAUUCCGUCCGCCUCCACCUGUCUCGGACACUUUACGCACUUACAUCUAUAGGUCUUACAUGGCUAAUCCCGAAGCUAAUUCUGUGCGCGCUUUGGCUGUCAGACAUCAUCUCAGCAUCAAACGUGUCGAUGCCAUUCUACGAUUGAAAGGUUUAGAAGAAUCGUGGAAGAAGGAAAUAUCCACUAACUCCGCCCCGGAAUUCGGAUAUUUCAUGCAGGAUGGUAAAAAUAUCCAGACAGGUUUUGUGCAAGGCAUGGAACGUCUCCUUGGCGUGCAUCAAGCCAAGGUUUUUACCACCCUUGAUGAUUCGAAGCCUGUACCCGUGCAGUACGAUACCAACCAGCAGAUGGCAAAAAUACAGAGCGAUAGAUACGAUGUAACGGAAGCCGACCGAGAGGAUGACGAAGCCGGUGGCUUUGACUGGGCGCGACAAAGGUAUCAACGGAUGUUUUGGGAGACAGUGCCUGAGGGCAAGGACCCAGUCAUGCCAGGGAUUCUGGACGCUGCCACAAAGUCUGUCACCUCUACUUCCGAGAACAAGACACAAAUGAACAUUGUCGAGCGUCCUGGACGCCCAGCAAUCAAAUUCAUUGACGUCGGUAACAUGUUCUUAAAUGUCAAGGACCAGGAGCGUCGUGUUAAGGAAGGCGAGCGCAGGGCGAAGGUUCGAGCAAGAAGAAAAGAGCGUCAACAGAUGGCCAAUUAACGUAGUGGGAAAUUGUUCUCUUUUCAUCGUUGUUCAGAGUUAGAUCACACUGAGCGGCAUUCGCUUGCGCACUUGAAGAUCUAAAUAUAUAUAAUAAUCUACAUACAGCACUCAGUAGCUUUUUAUGGGAGUGCCUAGAACUCCGAAACCAUCACUAUCACUCAAAGAUUGCACCGCAUCUGCAAUGUCCGUGUGACUAAGAUUCAUCAUGGGGAGUUCUAUAUCGCUGGGACCAUUUAGCUCGACGAAAAUCUCGCCUUCAUGGUCCCCUUUGGUCCACU